AUGGCUAAUAAAAUGUAUCCCAAGAUCAGGAUCUUUGAUUUGGGCCGCAAGAAGGCUAAGGUGGAUGAGUUCCCCCUGUGCGGUCACAUGGUGUCUGACGAGUAUGAGCAGCUGUCCUCAGAAGCUCUUGAGGCUGCCCGUAUCUGUGCUAACAAGUACAUGGUGAAGACCUGCGGCAAGGAUGGUUUCCACAUCCGUAUGCGCCUCCACCCAUUCCAUGUCAUCCGCAUCAACAAAAUGUUGUCCUGUGCUGGGGCUGAUAGGUGAGUUUGGCCCACUCUC